AUGGCGGACGAGGUGCGCAAGGGUAGUUUCUCAUGAUUCGUUGUCCAUCUCGGCUUGAUUUCCAUAACCAAUCACCUCGGCACCGCACUGAAAUCACCGGCCCAAUACCCCAUGUGGUCCGAUGGAGCAGCUCCAGGUGCAGAACUCGUAUGAUGCAAGUCAAAACGGAGUAUCCGUGGUGCAGUCUCCCUUUCAGACCAUCCAGUUUCCCUUGCAAGGGGGACAACUCCAGGCACAACCACAGCUGAUCCAGCUGGGGCAGAAUGGCCUCCUGCAAGGGCAGUCCUUCAUGCUGCAGACCCUCCCCCAGGGACAACCUAUACAGCUUCAGGGCCAGUUCCCACAGACUAUACAGCUUCAGGGACAGAAUGGACAAAUUCUGCAGCAGCUGCCGCUGUAUGCUGGAAACCAGGCCAUGACUCAGAACCAGCACCAGAACGUCACACAACCAGUAUUUAUCCAGCAGCCUCAGACACAGAACCAGGUUCUCGGGCAGUUCAUCAAUGCUCAGAAUGGUCAGAUACUGUGGCAGCAGCAUGUUGCAGGGGCAGAUAACUCUGCACAAGCCCAACUCCAGCCACAAGGUGUGUACCAGGUUGCCUAUCCGUCCACCCAAACUCCGGUGAUGCCUGAUGCCAAUCAGGUGGUGACAGCUCCACAGACCACAACACAGUCACCAUCACCGAUGCCUGUCGCCAACAACACCGACAAUGGAAACGUUGUCAUGGUCGUGCCCGGUUCCACAAACACCCCAACCGUUCAAAGAGUCCCACUCUCCUGUCCAGAAAUUGUUGAUGAUGAUGAACCUUUAUAUGUAAACGCCAAGCAGUACCAUCGGAUACUGAAACGCCGCCAGGCCCGUGCCAAGUUAGAGGCAGACGGCAAAAUAUCUAAAGAGAGACGGAAAUAUCUUCACGAGUCACGACACCGACACGCAUUGAAUCGAGCGCGAGGAGAAGGCGGGAGGUUCCAUUCAAAGGAAGAGGGAGAUGGUAUACUCAUUAAAACAGAACCAGAUUCACCGCCAUUUGAUCUGAGUAGUGUUUAUGAAGUGAAGACCGAGCGUCUAUCACCCAUAGCAGUCACAGUUGCACAAGAUGCAUUCCAGCUACCAGAAGGAUGCUGAUCACCUCCCUUGACACAAGUUGUCUCCCCUUACCAGUGAGCGGUCCUUGUUUGGACUGUGUUAAUGACACAUUGUUGUAAGAAAACAUACAAAAUGGACAUAUUGUUGUGUUAAUGGCAUUGAAGAAUUUUACAGAAAUGUAUUUAUGAUAAACAGCUGAAGUAUGCAGUGUUUCAUUGUUGAGGGAUAAAAAGUUUUAAAGUUGUCCAAGAUUGGCACCUUGAUGAUGAUGCAUUAUAUAUUCUCACAACAGGUUGAGCAGCUGUGUCACAUCAAGACAAAGAAAUAGGUUGUCAAUUUUAUGCAAGAUUUUGAAUACCGGUAUAUAAACCACAAGGUAUGGCUGAAGUACUGUCCAAGGGCUUGUUAAAUCAUCUUGAAAGCAAAAUGCAUUGAAUCUAUUGAAUCUACAAACACGUAACCUAUUUUUGUGGGCUUCAGAAAGGGUAAUGUUUGAAAAGAUGUAAGCUAUGAAUAGUUGUUCCCUGGUCCAUUAGAUCUGCCUGUUACUAACUGGAAACUGAUCAUGGAACACGGGAUGAAAAUAGCUGGAAACCCAACAAAACCUGUGUGCACACUACUUCUAUUCUCUGUCUGUAAUCAGGCGAUGUGAACUUUAUACAGUUGUAGAUGUACGAGUAUAAGUACACUUGGACACAGAACAGAAGCCAAUUCUUCCUUGAGCAUAUCAGCGUAACUUGAUUACCAAAUUAUAUUUUCUUCAGUGCAAAAAGACUUCUGGGGAAAUUGUUUAAAGAAAUCUGUUUGUGCCCAUUAAGUGGUACUGUGUAUGACGCCAUGCAGUGGUUAUGUAUGGCGUGAUGAGAGUUUUGUUUGUAGAUGUCUCAUCUACUGGGUCAUGGAAUCAGGGCAGAUCAGUGCUAUUACAAUGUGGUAUUUCAUGAAGGUGAUGCAGCUCAAACACAGCCAAGAACCAGUCUGUUUUAUAUCAGCUUGGCUACAGUCAGAAGUAUCUCAAUGAUGAGUUGGAAUUCACAUGUUAUUCUUGGUCUAACACAAAAUGACUUUACAAUCAGUGACAUGUAAUCAUGAAAUAAGGACGUUCAGGAUUUUCCAACUCAAUUUGCAGUUGUAAGUUUUCAAGUCAAUUGAGUAUUUAGAUAAGGCAUGUCUAUCAGAAUAAGAGGAAGUUCUAAUGUGGUAGGACACCUAUAAACUUAAACCUCAGCAUUAUACAAAUGUCCAGCUUUACAUAGUCUCAAAGGUCAUUCAUUGCCUCUGAAACAGUUUUAAAAAUUCAUAUUUGUCAACAUUGCAAGUAAUAUUACUGAAACGUCAGUAUUUUUUAUUGAGGUAUUAUUUAUGUUGUUAGACCAAAGUUGCACAUUUCAGUAUUUUUGAGAAGUUUUUUCACAGUUGAAGUAAUAUAUAUUGUUUAUGAUAUGUUUUGAACUGUUUAUGUUGAGUACUUAGUUCUUAUUUUGCCAAAGACAUUAGUGACAUUCAUUGUGAAGUUUCACUCAGCGCGUGAAACACCUUUUGCCAGUAACCAUUGCUAUUGGAUGACUUCCCCUGUUUCACCUGAAGUUCCUCCUCUGGGACACUCUCGUAUCUAGGGACUCACCAUUGUAGCAUCAUUGAUCGUCAUUUUAUGGGGCACAAGUAAUCUUAAUUGUCAUCCAUAUCCAGUGUUCGUUAAGUUCAACACUGUUUUUAAGCAAUAAAAUGCAUAAUGCUUACAACAUGGCAGUUUAACCAGACUUUGUAGGGCUUGUAGAGGGGACUGCUUGAGGAGACAUGCAGCUUAUGGUAAUUCUUCUUGAUCGUUUUGUAAGGAAUGUCUUCAUCCAGAGAUGAUCCACAUCCUUGACCCUUUCACCUCCAUAACUUUGUUUGGUUACCCUCGGGAAUUUGUCAGUCACAAGUUAUUUGAUUGGUUGACUGUAUUUCACUGUCAGUCAUAUCAUACCCAAAAUGUAGUAAGUUUGUCCGCGGUAAAUAUGGUCAAGGAUGUGAAAAAGGCAUAAUGGAAGAAGUAUUGACAAAUGAACAGGAUCAUUUAUGUACAUGAUUUGUAUUCUUAUUGUUUGUGAUAAUCGUUUUUGAAAGUUUAAUUUUAAUGAAAUUUUAUUUCGCAAUUAUUUUAGUAAUCACACAACUUUAUUCGAGGGAACAUUAAAUUUCAACAAGCUGAUUUUAAUAUUUUAUGGGUAGCAUUAAUAGUUACACAAUUCCCAAGGUCAAGGAUUCAGAUAUUUUAAUCGCAGGCUCACAACCAUCAGUAUGUUAAGAUGCAGGGAACAAAAACUUGGUAAGAACCAAAAUACAGUUCAAAACAGCUCUAAAUCCAACUCACCAAUUGAAGUAACAUCCAUAUGAUCUUGUUCAGAGAAAUCCACUUGUUUGCCAGCUUCUGUGCAGCUGUUUGUUACCUUGUGUAUUUUGUUGGUUUGUGUUCAUAGAUUUCAUGCUCAUGUCAAACUUUUAGAUGGAUUUUACCAGGAAUGUCAUUUCUAUGUGUCGUGUCUGAGGAUGAAUAUGUUUUAGAAUCUCAUUUAGUGUUGCAUAUCAAGAGUGCUACUUGUACGAACAAUUUGGCUUUUUUUGAGUCUGUUGACCGAUUUUUGUCACCAUAUCCAAGCCUGUAUCCAUUUCUUUGUCAUCAAGAGGCUAUAUUUUACAUAAUUUGUUUUUAUGUAGAUUGUCGAAGACAUCAUGUGGAAGCGAACAAUGGAAAUAUGUUGCAAUGUUUUAUUUCUUUUAAUCCAAAUGGCCAUUGUUUAGGGAUUCUGGGUUAACACCUUCAUGUAAGAGAUAUUGUGAUCAAGCUUAGCGACUAAGUCUAUGUAAUAUCUUCGUAGCCUGAUAGGAUCGUUGCACAUGAUCUGGUUGGAAUAAUGCCGAGACACAGAUAUGAAAUAUAUUCUUUUGAGCUUGAUGAAUAUUGAUACUUUUGAAAUACUUAAUUUCUGAUACUUAAUUUGCACAUGUGGUAAAAGCAAAUUGCUAUCAACUGAUUUUUAAUUGCAUGAUGGGUUAAAUUAUUUUUGCAAAAAUCAUGAUAAUAGUACAAAAAAAUAUGUCCCCGAUUUCUAGAAAAAAAUAAGUUUUUACUCAAAUUUGAAACUAAGUUUGACAGUUUGAAACAGUUGAAUUUUUAACUGAACUGUAAUUUUAAAAUAAAAAAGCCC